CCCUUCACACUAAACCUAUGUUUCCCUUUUUCUCUUUGCAUUCAUGUUAACACGAUAUUAAGAGAUCAGAUGGAGAAUGCUUCUUCCCCAAACCCUACCCCUCCAAAAUCCAAACAAACCUGCAGUUUAAAGCGUUAUCUAAAAGUUUCAAUGGAGGAUAAUACUUGGAGCUUUGCCUUCUCAGCUUCAUCUAGGAGCUAUCAAUCCACUCUUAAAUCCCAUAGUGAGAUUGAAGAAGAUGAUGAAUUGAUAAUGGAAUACCCCUGCCCGUACUGUUCGGAGGAUUUUGAUUUACUUGGAUUGUCCUGCCAUAUCAACGAGGAGCAUCAUCUUGAAGCUGGGUAUGGGGCAUGCCCCGUUUGUGCUCAGAGAGUGGGUAUGAACAUGGUUGACCACAACACAACACAACACAAGAAUAUUUUCAAGAUAUCCUUUGCACCUCCUAUGGAUUCAUCCAUUGCUUUCAUUUUUGUUUUCUGA